AUGGAUAUCCAAGAAGCGCCCGUGCCACUCCCUUCGGCCCCUCCAAAACAACUCGGCCCGAACAUCACUCUCCAACCGCCACUAUCGCGCCGUGGCCAUGGGCCGGGUUUGCUCCUUGUGCUUCCGGAUGGCAUAGUCGUAGAUAACACUAAGCAGACGCUGGAUCCUCCACCGCUGCAGAAAUGGGCGGAGGAGGGAUAUGCCGUGGUCGAGGUGCGGGCGCCGGCUACGGUUUCGGAGCAUGGGUCCGGAUCUGGAUCUGGAUAUUCUGUUCUCUCUGCAGUACGGGAGGGAUUGGAGGCGUUGAGGGGAUCAGAUGAGUGUGAUGUGAAGGAUAAAUUCGGGUUGAUCUUAUACGACGCUAGCACACUCAGCGAGGAAGCUGUCGCUUCAUUCUCAACACUCGCUGAGAUCGUCGCCAUAGUUUCAUACGGCGGAACGAACAAUGGCAACGUCAACGCCAACAUCAACAUCGCAAGACUGCUCCAUCUUCCGGGCAAAAAUACACCCACACCUCCACUAGGAGGCAAUCUGGUUGCUCACAAAUACCCAGAUGCAAAGUCUGCCAACUUCGUUAUUCCCCAGCACGCAGAUUUCGACCCCUCAGCGGCAGCAGUAGCACAUACCCGUACUCUAUCAUUUUUGAAAACCAAGAUCGGCGGGCCAUUUUUCGAUCUCGAGGCUAUAUGGGACGAGCACACGUACUUUGAAUUCGGCGACAGGUCUGUAGCUAAGACGAUGGGGACGAUGGUGCAGGAGCCGUAUGUUAAUCAUGUACCGACGAUGACAGGAGGCAUUGGUCGCGCCCGCCUCUCCAAUUUCUACCACCACCAUUUCAUCUUCAAUAAUCCAGACGACACCCAUAUAGAACUCAUCAGCCGCACCGUCGGCAUCGAUCGAAUCAUCGAUGAGUUCAUCUUCAGCUUCACACAUGACAAGGUGAUAGAUUGGCUCAUCCCAACCAUCCCUGCAACAAACCAACGCGUCCGUCUCCCCAUGGUCUCCAUCGUUAAUGUGCGGGGCGACCGCCUCUACCACGAGCACAUAUGGUGGGACCAAGGCGGCCUGCUGCGCCAACUGGGAUUGUUGCCGGAAUACCUGCCGUUUCCAUAUUCGGUGGCGGAUGGCGAUGGUGGCAGCAUAAGGGAGCCGGCUGAGGGCAAGAGGUUUGAGUAUAAGGUUCCGGUGAUGGGGAUUGAGGCUGCAGAGAAGUUGGUGGAUGAGGGAAGCGUGGAGUCGAAUGGGAUGAUUGGGGGGCUGGGGGUUAGGGAGGUAACCGAAGAUGAUUCGAGGUUGCGACAUCCACUCACGAGCAGUCGCGAGGACGAGGACAGAAUGUCAAGACAAGAUCCACCAGUGCUGCUAGGAGGAUAUGUCUGCGGCAGUCAUCCCGCUGAGCGUCAGGGGUUGUAUCAUGGAGCAGCUGGCAACGGCCUGCUCGAAGGGACCUGCGCAAUUGGAAACCACUGGAAUCGGCAAGUUAACGGGGCCGAUGCUGUUAGAGCCCCAUAUCUGACCCAAGCUGUAGCUACGUUGAAUAGCGAACAGCGGACCUCCAACGCCACUCUUGAACAGAGCAUGCUCCCCUCUCAUUGGCUAUAUUCCUUGCAAGAUUCGGCGAGGAAUAAACUCUUCCGAUUGGACGUUUUUCCAACACGUGAUCCCGUGCUCGCUGACGAGUGGCUUAAUCAGCGGAAGGAGGAGGAAAAGGAGAAGAUGGGAGAAAGCAGCAAAGGAAUACAAAGCGAUUUGAAUGUUGGUGGAAAGGACAAGGCAUAG